AUCCCCCCACGCCUCCACCUCCACCACCACCACCAGAUGGCCAGCUUAUGGCGAGCCGUGAUGGGCGAAUCACCACCCAACGCCGACGACUAUGACGGCGUUCAGUACUGGUCAAAUCCCGAGCGCACCGGCUGGCUCACAAAGCAAGGCGAGUACAUCAAGACCUGGCGUCGGCGUUGGUUCGUCUUGAAACAAGGAAAGCUCUUCUGGUUCAAGGAAUCCAUCGUUACCCGCGGCUCCCGGCCACGUGGAGUGAUCCCAGUGGCCACCUGUCUCACAGUUAAAGGAGCCGAAGAUGUCCUCAACAAGCAGUUCGCUUUCGAGCUCUCGACCCGAUCCGAAACCAUGUACUUCAUCGCAGAUUCGGAGAAAGAGAAGGAAGAUUGGAUUAAUUCAAUCGGAAGGUCAAUUGUUCAGCUCUCGAGGUCCGUCACUGACAACGAGAUCGUUGAUUAUGAUAGCAACAGAUGAUCAUUUAAUCUAACGAUCUCUACCUCUUUAACAAUUUUGCCUGUAAAAUUUGGUAUGAUGCUCUUUCCUUGGUUUGUAUAUGAAUCGAUAACAUAAUUUCUCUUGUUGGAUUUAAUGCCGUCACUUUUUUUUUCUCUUAUCAAGUACGAUAUGUAGUUUUUAGGGCUUCCUCUUAGAACGUGCAAUUUCUGAACUGGGCUACCAAUUUUAGGGCAUGAUUGCCUCAUAAUGAUGUUGUUUUCCUGAUCAUACUUUCUGAAUUUGGCCAUGGUUCCUUUCAUCUAUAGCAAUUGGUAUGGAAUCUGCAUCCAAAUCAUAGUUCUUGACUGUUACUUUGCCUGUGACUGGAGUACCUUGAAACUAGGAUCAUGCUCUGUAAAUUCAUUUUGUCAGAAUUAAGAAAUGCAGAUCACUUUGUAGUUGUUGGGAAGGUCCUAAACAUCUU